AUGCCCGGCCGCCGGAGCGCACUUGUUGCUGGUCUGCUGGAACAGAGCAAAGUAGCGAGCACCAGCUUACGUGUACCGUUGGGGCCAAACACGGGCAAGCUCAUACAGCGGCAAGAAAAAGCCACCCAGAGGCUCGCCAGCUUCUACCACGGGCCAUCGCCAGGGGGGAAAGAGCUGGUCCAGAGUAGACAAUACUCGGUGUCGUCUGCGGCUCUUGCGGGCGAGCCACCGUCACGACUACCUCGCGGCCAGGCAGACGCUGUUGCAAGCGUGGCUUCAGAGGCGGUGGAGCAGCCCGUUGGAGCGCCCCAUGGCCGGAAACAGGGAUAG